AUGGUUCCGGACAAUCAUAUGAGAGACUUUUACGGCUUCUGUCCAGAAUGCAAUAAACUAAAGAUAGACUAUGUAUGGUGUGGCACGAACGCAUGUAAGAAACCACAUCCACGCGUGCAAUGGUCAAGUGGCAAUCUAGCAAUUGAUAAAUUCAUUAAGAAAUCGCAAAGAAUUGUCAAGAACUUUGAUGACAGAUUCCUUGAGUGGAUACCAUCCAACAGAUUAGAAAAUGUGACACCAUUACAAGACGAUAAAGAUACAGGAAACUACUUGGCAACGUGGUUGGAUGGUCCAAGGUAUUUUGUUAUGAGACAAAGGGGAAUUCCUUCCAAAGUCAUAUUGAAAACACUCGGGACAUCGGAGAGUAUCACAGAUAGUUUUCUUAACGAGUUAGCAGAACAAUACCCAACCAUUCUCCGCAAAGACAAUCGCACGAUAUACGGCUUCACAAUCGACACCAAAACAGAAGAAUAUCGGCUUGUUAUCCAUAGCGACUAUGACGAACUCCAAUCGAUCUACGGUUUAUGCCCCACCUGUUUAAACCCCAAAAUAGAUCCUGUCUGGUGUAUGGCUCGUACAUGUCUCGAGCCUCACACGAGUGACGCAUGGACGAGCGGCAGCGAUGUUUUGGAUGAAUUUAUAAGAUCUACUCAGAAUAAUGCUGUUGUCUGGGAAGAUACGUUCCUCGAGUGGAUACCAUACCAGCAUUUAGAAGUCUCGCAGUUGUUAGAGAAUGAGUAUGGAAGUACCGCGUAUGGAGGUGUGUGGGUUUAUGGAAAAAGAGACUGUCAAUAUCACAGGCACAAGGCCAGAGAGAGACAUACGAGGGUUACGUUGAAUUUAAUAUCCGAUCUCGGACAAGAAGUUAUUGAUGAGCUAUGCAAAACCCAUCCGUGCAUAACACGGAAGGACAACACGUCUAUUUUUGGAUUCACUCGGAACCCUGCGACGCGCGAAUGCUAUAUAGUCUACGCCAGCGAUUAUACUCUUCGACGGAACAUGUAUGGUCUUUGUUCGACGUGUAAGCAACCGAAAAACGAUCCGGUCUGGUGCAGAACUGAAGCAUGUAAAAUGCCUCAACCUAACGAACAGGGUACGAAUGAUAAUCCUGCUUUGGACAAGUUUGUUACAGGAACUUGA